CUCGUUGACGGGUGGUAGGCACUCUUCCACAUCUUAGUCUUUAUUUCACACAGCGAGAGACCUGGUGGACACUGGCAGCGAAACAACGACACGAACUCCCACAAUACUUUUGGAAUUUAACCCGCUUUAUUUCAAAUUCAAUAGUUUUAAGAGGCAAAUAUGGCGACUGAAAUCAUGGAAAUGAACGGACAUGUCGACGAAGAGGAGCGGCGUCAAGGCCACUGGAAUCGGAGGCAGGCAGGCCAGCCUAUAAACAUGAACCGGUAUGCUAAUAAGAAGAGCGCAGCAGAGAGCAUGCUGGACGUGGCGUUACUCAUGGCCAACGCCUCCCAGCUGAAGGCCGUCCUGGAGCAGGAUCCAGACUUCACCUUCUACACCCCCCUCAUCACCUUCAUCUCCAUAUCCCUCAUCCUGCAGAUCACCGUGGGCGUCCUGCUCAUCUUCAUUGUGAAGUGGAACCUGAACGAUGAGAGCACCCACUUCAAGCUGAACAUUAUGGAGAACAUCGCCACAGCACUCAUCUUCAUCAUCGUUGUAGUCAACGUCUUUAUUACGGCCUUUGGUGUCCAAAAGCCCAAUCAAAACUCUUAACUGCCCUCACUCCUUACCCCUGGUCAUUAGUUAUUACAGUUAUACAGGCAUUAUACUGGUGUCAUAUGCACAAUACACACAUAAUAUGCCAACGUGUACCCUUGGUUGAAACCCUCAAACAAAUGUUUGGUAAUCAGUGUCAAAUUGUCAGGUUACUCGAGUUUAAUAAAUAUAUGUAUUGUACACAGACUUACAGUUAGAAUGCACAAAGGUGAAUCUUAAAGUAAAUGUUUUAUACCGGAAUGCCAUAGCUGCACAAACCAAAUCACUGCUACUUUACAAGCAAGAGCGGUUGACGGAUCCAGUAGUCCAUCAGAUUCUCCGUGACACCAAAGACAAUGGAUUGAUUCGUUAUACAGGAUUCCCACUGGCCUUUCAUACAAGCGGCCAGUCACAAUCAGGUUGACCCUACUUCAUGACGAUCCUGUCACACUUCAUAUUUCGCGAUUACUUGUGUGAACAAUACAUUGUUCAAAUGACCAACAGUGUUCAUGCGUUGCCUUUAUAAAUAUGUACAUAUGAGGGUUAUUUUAGAUCAAUUUUAUAUAUACACACACACAAGCUCAGUGGUGGUUUUUAGCGUGUAAAUCUUCAGACAGAUGUUAAUUCAGCAAGAUGUUGAGGCCUUGCCUUUACUAUUCUUUAAGUCACCACACAGAGACAGAAAGACAGAGACAGAGAGCCUAUCAUUUGAAGUAUUUUAUUAGGCCUAAAAGGGAAAAACGAUACAAUCACGAGGAUCCACUUUUAUAGACAAUAUACCGACGCAUAGACAGCGCAACGAGCGAACAAAACAACCCUCGCAAUAUCAAAUGGAAUCACAUGGGUCUUUUACUGAACUUUUUGUUGAAAACAAAUAUUUGAAUGGGAAGAGAGAGACUGUCACUGGCAAACAAAUAGCAAAAUCUACUCAUUUGAAGGGGUGUCCACAUACACUAAAGUAUCUCAUAUCUUAGAGCUGCUGUCAUGGUAACUUUGUUCUAGAAAUACUCAAGCUGUACAGACCCAGCUGCUGUGUUUUUUAGCCCAUUGAUUUUGUUGUCAUGUUUGAGUCACUCAGCUAUCACAUGAACACACGCAAGAUACGGCAAAAUGUGUAGAAUGUAGGAAAUUAGCUUUUAAAUGCCUCUCAAAAAUAUCGCCCUCCAUGGCUGCCAUUUUAAAGCUAAUUCCCUACAUAUUCUGUGUGUUCAUGUUGAGUCAAGUUUAUUUUUACAGGGACAGUGCACAUUAAUCAACGUUUUCAGUAAAAGUGCCGGUUUUAGCCAGCCGGCUAAUUUUCAACCACAGUCCCUGGGCAGGCUUGCCGAGUGUAUAGAAUUGCAGGAAAUGUGCUUUAAACCUGCUAAAUGUUCUCUCCGCCAACAAGAGGGGUGUGAAGAGUUUGUGAACCACUGAUCUAGCAUUGCAAAAUGUAGGUAAUUAGUGGAUUUUUACCCAAAAUUCUCAUGUUAAGUUACUUGAAUUUUACAACCGGACAUUCAGACUUUGCCUGCUGCCUUAUAUGUGAUCUCAGAUCUAUGCAACGUACAGUAUGUACCAUCACAAUUUAUGUGUAAAAAAAUAUAUAUAUAUAAUAUUUCAUGCCAUGUUUAGACCUUAAGCUUUGCCAAUAUAUAUAUUUUUUUAUAUUUGAAGGCAUUUUCUAUUUUUUUAAAUGAAGGACCAAAUCAUAUUUUAGCCCCACUUUUAAUGCACUGUAUGCAGUAGAAAACUGUACUAUUCUGAAAUGAAGUUUGUAAACAAUUUGUAAACAAUUUGUCCAGAUAUUGUUUUGUAUUGUCCACGCAUAGAAAGGCUUGAAAACAGUAAAUAGUGAAAAGUCAUACAAUUAUAUCAAUCAUAAUGAUGGCACUUGUGAGACUGAGGCAGUUAAGAGAAUGUGGGGAGAAGCCUAACUUCCACUAAAACCACUUAGAUAUGCAUUGAUGUCCAUUUGACUUAAAUGGGAGUUAGGAUUUUCUCCUCACAGAGUAGAUGGAGCUGUGACAACAGUCUCAUAUGUCUACACAUUGAAUAUAUACAGUGCCUUGCGAAAGUAUUCGGCCUCCUUGAACUUUGCGACCUUUUGCCACAUUUCAGGCUUCAAACAUAAAGAUAAAACUAUUUUUUUUGUGAAGAAUCAACAACAAGUGGGACACAAUCAUGAAGUGGAACGACAUUUAUUGGAUAUUUCAAACUUUUUUAACAAAUCAAAAACUGAAAAAUUGGGCGUGCAAAAUUAUUCAGCCCCCUUAAGUUAAUACUUUGUAGCGCCACCUUUUGCUGCGAUUACAGCUGUAAGUCGCUUGGGGUAUGUCUCUAUCAGUUUUGCACAUCGAGAGACUGAAUUUUUUUCCCAUUCCUCCUUGCAAAACAGCUCGAGUUCAGUAAGGUUGGAUGGAGAGCAUUUGUGAACAGCAGUUUUCAGUUCUUUCCACAGAUUCUCGAUUGGAUUCAGGUCUGGACUUUGACUUGGCCAUUCUAACACCUGGAUAUGUUUAUUUUUGAACCAUUCCAUUGUAGAUUUUGCUUUAUGUUUUGGAUCAUUGUCUUGUUGGAAGACAAAUCUCCAUCCCAGUCUCAGGUCUUUUGCAGACUCCAUCAGGUUUUCUUCCAGAAUGGUCCUGUAUUUGGCUCCAUCCAACUUCCCAUCAAUUUUAACCAUCUUCCCUGUCCCUGCUGAAGAAAAGCAGGCCCAAACCAUGAUGC